AUCUGUCUCUUCACAACAUAGGAUUGACAACACAGACAACAAACAGCAGCCUUUCGGAGAUCUCAAGGGGCCUCCCAACAGCAACAACAUCGUCGAUCGACUCCUCGAUGUUUCCUAAGUCCUCCUUAUUUACAUCUCCUUCUCUUCUCCGACCUUAACAAAACCAAACUCCUUCCAUCCAAUUUUGGUCUCUGAAUUUCCUCAAUCAACAGAAACAGAGAAACCCAGAAAUGGCGACCCUUCCAUCCUCCCAUUGCUGCCGUACUUACUCGUCAUCAUCGUCGCUGUCGUAUUCGUCUUCCCUAUACCGAAGUCUGCAGAGGGUGGCGGUUUCUCCGAGCCCGAAACGUUUCGUCGUCUCGGCCAAGGUUUCUCAAUCCGUUUUGCAGCAAAAUGGUGUCAGCAUGCAAGAUGUGGCUCCAGCAGUGAAGCCUGUGGAGAAUGAAACUGCUUUCAAGAAAUUGAAAGAUGGGUUGCUUUCAGCUACGGCUGGAUCUGUGGAGGAGAGUAAAGACUCGAGUGGGUUUAGUUUCGAAGAAACUGGGUCCACUGUGAGUAUUACUGUGGUUGGAGCAUCUGGGGACCUUGCUAAGAAGAAGAUAUUCCCCGCCCUUUUCGCACUUUAUUAUGAGGGUUGCCUCCCUAAGCACUUUACUAUUUUUGGUUAUGCUCGGAGUAAGAUGACUGAUGCAGAGCUAAGAACCAUGGUUAGCAAGACACUUACUUGUAGAAUUGACCAGAGGGAGAAUUGUGGUGAAAAGAUGGACCAAUUUCUUGAAAGAUGUUUCUACCACUCUGGUCAGUAUGAUUCACAGGAUCACUUUGCACAGCUGGACAAGAAACUAAAGGAACAUGAGGGUGGAAGAAUUCCUAACCGCCUGUUCUAUCUAUCUAUUCCUCCAAACAUAUUCAUAGACGCUGUUCGCUGUGCAAGCUUGUCUGCUUCAUCGGGUAAUGGCUGGACUAGAGUUAUUGUUGAGAAGCCCUUUGGCCGAGAUUCAGAAUCAUCUGCUGCUUUGACCAAAGCCCUCAAGCAGUACCUAGAAGAAGAUCAAAUAUUCAGGAUAGACCACUAUCUGGGCAAGGAGCUAGUGGAAAACCUUUCAGUUCUUCGCUUUUCCAAUCUUAUUUUUGAACCCUUGUGGUCAAGGCAGUACAUAAGGAAUGUGCAGUUAAUAUUCUCUGAAGAUUUUGGUACUGAAGGGCGUGGAGGGUACUUUGAUAAUUAUGGGAUUAUAAGGGACAUAAUGCAGAAUCACUUGCUUCAGAUAUUGGCACUCUUUGCAAUGGAAACCCCUGUCAGUUUGGAUGCAGAAGAUAUCAGAAAUGAGAAGGUAAAAGUUUUGCGUUCCAUGAGGCCGUUGCAACUUGAAAAUGUGGUAACAGGGCAAUACAAGAGCCAUGUCAGAGGAGGUGUUACUUACCCAGCCUACACUGAUGACAAAACUGUACCCAAAGGCAGCUUGACUCCAACAUUUGCAGCAGCUGCACUCUUCAUAGAUAAUGCCAGAUGGGAUGGGGUACCUUUCCUAAUGAAAGCUGGGAAAGCGUUACAUAAUAAGAGGGCUGAGAUAAGGGUACAGUUCCGGCACGUGCCUGGAAAUUUGUAUAAUCGAAACAUUGGAACUGAUCUUGAUCGUGCUACAAAUGAACUUGUAAUCCGAGUACAGCCUGAUGAAGCUAUCUUCCUCAAAAUCAAUAACAAAGUCCCUGGUUUGGGAAUGAGGCUGGACAGGAGUAAUUUGAAUCUUCAUUAUGCAGCCAGAUAUUCAACGGAGAUUCCAGAUGCUUACGAGAGGCUUCUGCUGGAUGCUAUUGAAGGAGAAAGAAGACUUUUCAUCCGGAGCGAUGAACUAGAUGCAGCUUGGUCACUCUUCACACCUUUGUUGAAGGAAAUAGAAGAGAAAAAGAUUAUUCCAGAGUACUAUCCUUAUGGGAGUAGGGGUCCUGUUGGGGCACACUAUCUUGCAGCAAGAUACAAAGUCCGGUGGGGUGAUGUUGGCGUGGAGCAAUAACUUCGAAUCAAAUUGUCUGAAACUUUCGGUUGGUUAACUUUGUCCAUGGUAGUUUAGAAUUUGGUGCUAGUAAAUCGCGACUAGCAGUCACAGGUAGGGUUAUCAUCCACUUUUCGUUGAUUCUGCUCGUUGGUAACAUCUAUUUAUAUGCAAGGUUCAAUUAUGGGUGCACAUGUUCUUGUAGCAAAAAUAGCACGUCUUCUCUGUACUUUUUUUUUGGCUCCUAUUUGAAUAUUAUAGGUUUUCACUCUUCCUAAUUAACUGUAAAUACUCCUCAUUACAUGAACAUACUUGGCCUAAUCAAAAUGUGUGGAACAAAAUUGUUAUUCCACCGGCACACAGAUAAUAG